AAACUAUACCGGAGCUCAUUCCCCACUGUCGCUGCUGUGGUAUAUCGGCCCAUUGACUACCGAGGCUAUUGAAGUUCCUGGAGGAUGCUCGUAAUGGCGAUAUCUGCGGUCUUGCUGAUUAUACUGUCUGCGAUAACGAUCAGAUCUAGCUCAGCAGAAAGUAUUUGGUCGACAGGCUCGUUUGGCUCACUACGUCUACGCCUAGUUCAGAUAGUCAUGCCUAUCACUAGCCUGCCCACCCCUAUAUGACGGCGCCCACCAGUGACGACAUUCUGCAUCUUCGCACAUGUGCUUCUACUUUACGCGCUCUUUGAAGUUCGGAUACGAGGGCCGAAGCGUGAUAUAAGAACGCGUCGACCCCCUGUCCUCUUUCUCACACAGGCACUACAAUCUUUCCCCCCAGCACAUCCGACGAUCAUGGAGCGACUCGAGAACAUUGAGAAAUAUGGCUAUACCCCUGUCCCGCGCGACCCGGACGUCUUGCUUGCAGGCCACCUUACUGCUGGCGGACCUAACCCGCAGCAAGCUGAAUAUGUACUCGAUGAGCUGCCCUUCCCCGACAGCGAACUCGUGCGCCGUAGCAAAACCUUUGUGGAGAAAGAGCUCAACAGGCCGACAUUUAACCACAGCCACCGAGUGUACAUCUACGGCACGGCCCUCGUUCGGAAGCACUUUCCCGAGUGGCGCUACGACCUUGAGGCAUACUACCUGAGCUGCCUGUUCCACGACAUCGGUACAGCAGACCGGUACUUGGCGACGACGAAGAUGUCGUUCGAGUUCAAGGGCGGGAUAGUCGCGCGCGAGUUCAUCCUCGAGCACGGCGGAGAGGAGGACCUCGCGGACGCGGUCUGCGAAGCGGUCAUACGCCACCAAGAUAUCUUUGUCAAGGGCGGAAACAUCACGGCGGUCGGACAGGUAUUGCAGCUUGCGACUAUCAUCGACAAUGUCGGACUUCGUGCAAACUUGAUCAGCACGCCCCUCAUCGAGGCGACUGUGCGCGCGUUCCCGCGGCUCGAGUGGGCGUCGUGCUUCGCAGGGACAAUCGAGAAGGAACUCGCGCUCAAACCGUGGUGCCACACUAGCACGUUCGAGGUUCCGAGUUGGAAGGAGGGCGUGCAGAGCAACUUUGCGACAGACGUCAGGAAGAACGAGCUUAUGAAUAAGUACGACAAAGGGCUGUAGGAUACGAAUCAAAGAGAAUUUGAAAAUAAAUUUUCAUGCC